GUCAUAUUUUAUAACACCACCCACUCCACCCACUCAUCGCGUCAUCACCACUGUGCUGCUCCGUCGAAGGGAGGAGCAGCCGAGCUGACCUGGCUCUGCAGAGCAGAGGACAUGGCGCCGCUCAAGCUCGUCAGCUCCGGUGAGCUCUGGAUUCGAGCGCACAUGGCGCGACUGCCCUUCUUCUUGCUCGUCGUCGUCUUUGCUGUUGCGCCAAGGGAUGCGUCCGCGCUCACCAGGCGUGACUUCCCCGAGGGGUUCGUCUUCGGCGCAGGGUCCUCAGCUUUCCAGGUGGAAGGGGCGGCUGCAGAAGAUGGAAGGAAGCCAAGCAUUUGGGACACCUUCACCCAUGAAGGUUACUUGAAUGAUGGAUCCACUGCAGAUGUUUCAGCGGAUCAGUAUCACCAUUACAAGGAAGAUGUAAAGCUUAUGCAUGAGAUGGGUUUAGACGCGUACAGAUUCUCCAUUGCUUGGCCCAGGCUUAUUCCAGAUGGGAGAGGAGAGAUCAAUCCAAAGGGCUUGGAAUACUACAAUAAUCUGAUCGAUGAACUGAUCCUUCAUGGCAUACAGCCUCACGCCACCAUCUACCAUUUUGAUCUUCCUCAGGUCCUUCAGGAUGAAUACGGUGGACUCCUCAGCCCCAGAUUCAUCGAAGAUUACACUGCUUUCGCCGACGUCUGCUUCAAGAACUUCGGGGAUAGGGUGAUGCACUGGGUCACAGUCAACGAGCCAAACAUUGAGACCAUCGGCGGCUACGAUAUAGGAAGUGAACCCCCGCGGCGCUGUUCCUACCCCUUUGGCGAAAACUGCACCGGUGGGAACUCCUCGGCGGAGCCGUACAUCGCAGCACACCACCUCCUGCUCGCACACGCCUCUGCAGUGUCCUUGUACAGAGACAAGUACAAGGCAACUCAAGGAGGCCAGAUAGGGAUCACUCUCUUGGGAUGGUGGCACGAGCCUGCCACCAACACAUCGCAGGAUGCAGCUGCUGCAACGAGGAUGAACGACUUCCAUAUCGGAUGGUUCAUGCAUCCUUUGGUCUACGGAGACUACCCUCCGGUGAUGAGGAUCAGAGUGGGUGAUCGGCUGCCGCGUUUGGCUGAGGAGGAGUCGGCAAAAGUGCGUGGAUCGUUCGACUUCGUCGGCUUCAAUCAUUACCUCAUCUUGCGCGUACAAUCUGCGGAGAUAGAUUCCGCACAGAAACUGGGGGACUACUACGUCGAUGCGGCCGUUCAAAAUCCACUUCAAUCCAUCGCGGAGGGCCAGAUUGAGUCUCCUCCAUGGGCACUGGGGAAGCUACUGGACCACCUGAAGCUCAACUACGAGAACCCUCCAGUCAUCAUCCAUGAAAAUGGAGACGGAGACGCCCCCGACACGCCGAGCGCGAUCGAGUACGACGACGAGUACCGGUCCGAGUUCCUGCAGGAUUACCUGGAGGUUCUCUACCUGUCCAUACGGAACGGGUCGAACACGCGGGGGUACUUCGUGUGGUCGUUCCUGGACGUGUUCGAGUUCCUGUUCGGCUACAAGCUGCGCUUCGGACUGUGCGGCGUCGACAUGAACGCCGACGGGAGGACGCGGUACGUGCGGAGCUCGGCGCGGUGGUACUCCAGCUUCCUCCACGGCGGCGAGCUCCGGCCUCCGGUUCAUUCCGACAGACCAUACGUCGUGUGAGGAGUAGAAAAAUAUUACACACAGAGAUCGAGAGAAUAUUCAAGAAAAUAAGAUCGCGUAAUACGCCUUAGUGCUCAAUGUAACCACGCAACCAUAAUUUUGUUUCGAAAAAAUAAAGAACUGGGAGUCGAUGUGUUGUUGCU